CCACCAGGUCCGAUUCCGAAGGCCUCUCGUAUGUGGUUGCCGCGACCUGCCGAUCUACAGAUCGCGUUCUACAUUGGCCUUUCGGAGAACAUUGAGGAACUACCGAAAGGGCAGAACUGUCCCCUCAUAUUCGACAAGGUGAUGCUGAAUAUGGGCAAUUUUUACAACGCCACAGAUGGUGUCUUUACCGCACCCGUAGACGGAGUGUAUACGUUUAUGCUGGUCGUAUCUGCGCACAGCUAUAAAAAGGCUAGUGCGUGGCUGAUGCACAACGGCCAAAAAGUUCUUUUCGCCUGGUGCGAGAGUAAGCCCUGGGCAAGCACCACCAAUCAGGCCAUCCUGUUCGUCAAGAAGGGUGACAAGCUGUGGCUGCAGUGCAGUGAAGAGGCCUUCCAUCUCUACGGCUACAUGUACAGCAGCCUUUCCGGUUUUCUGCUCUUCCCCUUGUAG